AUGAAAGUCCGUUUCUCUCGCUCUCAUUUUGGUUGCCGCACAUGCCGAGUCCGCAGGGUGAAAUGCGACGAAGCUCAGCCAUCGUGUGGCCAAUGCCAAAGUACCGGCCGGACAUGCGAUGGUCCGUCUCUGAACAUCAGACCCUAUAAUCGUCAAGGUCCGACCAUAUUGUUAACGCCAGCCACGAAGCCCCGCCUCAGCUCCCACCAAAUCCACAGCUUCACCUAUUAUCUGCACCACGCAGGCCCGGGGCUAGGUAGCUCGCUCGACAGCGACCUGUGGGGCCGCCUCCUUCCCCAAAUCAGCCAAUCCAAUCAAGCAAUUCGCCUUGCGCUCCUCUCGAUAAGCACUUUGUAUGAAAACCCCGUGAACGGUGUGCAGCAGGAUGUGUCGUCCUUAGCCAACGAAGGCCACCGAAGGGCCACGGAAUGGUACCAACAGAGCAUCUCUGCCGCUCUCGGAUCUCAAGCUUCCGAGGAGGAGCUUGAGAUGCAGCUGGUCAGCUGUCUCUUGUUCAUGUGCAUCGAGACGCAGCAACUCAAUGUGCUCAAUGCCAUGAAACUGCUCGAGAUGGGCUAUGGCUUGUUGGCGAGGUACAUGAGUUUGCAGGCUGAGAAAGGGCGGAGCCCGCCUACAUGGAUGGUCUCAUACGUAUAUCCUUUGUUUCUCCGCCAAAGGACACUGAUCGGAGUGUCACGCUAUCUCCUGCCCACGCACUUGUACGCCGUCGUGGCUCAACUCAUGCCUCCAGAAGACGCCACGAUGAAUUCGUUGGCCGAUGCCCGCAAUCAGAUUUACGCCAUCAUGUACCUCGCAGCCCAGGUCACCAGUACCGCCGAGCAACCAUACCGUGAGACACGGGAACCGACCACAUCUCAGCAUAUCUUCAAUAGAUUGGAGCAAUGGCACGCCAAGGUCACAGAACUAAGGGCACGCAGCUCCUUCUCCCAGGGAGACGAGGCAGCAUACCACGUCUUGAUGACCGCCUACUGGAUGUCACUCAUCUGCGUAACUCGAUGUCUGUCCUUUUACCCUUCUGAGUCUCGAAGACCGCAUCCCUCCCUUAUGGCCAGCGAAGAGUAUCGCCGAACUUUCUGGACCGUCUUGUACCACGUCGAGCAAGCGCUGAACCACUCGCCCUACAUCCCGCCAUCCUCUCCCAAAUCGUGGAAGACGCCCUCACCCCACGCUUCACCCACGCCCCCACCACCCGCCAGAAAACCCUUCAAUCUCGACGUCGGCACCAUCGGCGCCUUGCACUUCGUCGCCGACAACUGCCGCGUCCCCGAGAUCCGCCGAAAGGUCAUCGCGCUGCUGCACCGAGAUGCCCUCCAAGAAAAUCUGUUUGAUUCACAGCAGAUGGUGGAGAAGGUCAAGCAGUGGAUGCUGGACGAGGAGCGUGGCUGGGGUUGCUGUGCCGAUGGUACAACUUGGUUCAGGGAGCCUGCUGAUCCGUCCUCGCAAGGGGCUGAAGUAGUAUUUGGUACUGGUAUCGAGCUCCUGGCGCCGAACGAUCCCUUGGUGCUCGCGGGCCGGGAAUGA